CCUCUGUUCUUCUCUUUGUGCUCGACAGUCCAAGCUCUCCGACGGAACAAAGGUGGCGACCUCUAGCGGUCAAAAGUGGCGUCGCGGCGCAGCCCGUCCGCGGGAGACGGACCGAAACGCCGGACCGCAUUCCUGGAACUUGCGGCGGCGGGGGUUGAGGCCUGAGGGGGCGGCGCUUGUGAGUGCUCUCCACGCAUGUACAUACGCACGGACAUCAAAUCCUGCUGUGGUGAUAAAGAACGUGCGCGCGUGCCGUCGAUCGAGGUUGGACGCGCGUGCGUGGAUCCAAGAAAGCAGCCGAAGGUCGGCCUUGCUGAAUUUUCCGCUCGGGAGGAGCGCCCGCCGGCAGCGAGGGUCUCGCCGUGCCAGCAGGAAGCCGCCGGAGUAAGCGAGCGAGCAGAACCCCCCCCCGCCCGCCGUGGUUCCGAGAUGAGCGGGCUCCUGGCGCUGCUGCUGCUGCUCUUGCCGCCGCCAGCUGGUGGCAGCGUGGAGGUGAACGCCGGCAUGGAGGUGGCCAGGGGCCGCUCGGCCUUCCUGGCCAAGGAGCAGCUGCGGAUCCGGACGGGGGCCGGCGACCUCUGCAAGGUGGAGGUGGUCCUCAACCAGCCCAUCACGCAGCGAGUGGGCCGGCUCACGCCGCAGGUGUUUGACUGCGACUUCCCGCCGGAGGAAGUGGCCUACCGGCACAACGGAAGCCCCCUGCUGGACAGCGACCAAGUGCUACUGCGGGUCUACAGGUUGGGGCCGGCGGAGACGCAUGUGGAGUUGGUGGUCCUGCGGGUCCGCGUGGUGGACCGCUCGCCCCGCCUGGCAGACUUGGGGCCGACACCCCUGGUGGUCCCGGACUUCUACGCGCUGUCCAACGCCAUCGACCGCUCGGUCGUCAACAUCGAAGGCCGGGACGGCGCUGCCUGCGCCGUGCGAUUGGCCGCCGCCGCGGGAGCCCUGACCGCCGGUCGGCUGGUGCGAGAACGCCACGGCCUCGGCGGGAAAGGCGGCGAGGCGGCGGUGGCGGCCCACUGCCCCGGCAACCGAUCCUGCGCCGAGGAAGUGACUUACCUGAAGACCAGCUGUCAGGACUUCCUGAGUUCUGGCCUCAAGUACCAACACCUCAGCCCACCCUCGCCCGACCUGGACCACAUCGCCAUCACCGUGGAGCUGAGGGACCGGGAGAGCGGGGCUCCGCUGGAGACGGAGUCUCUGUGGCUGCCGGUCCGGAUCGUCGGGGCCACGCCCAACCGCCCGCCGCGGGCCGCCUUCAUGGCGUCCUUCAUCCUGGAGGUGGACCGGUUCGUCCUGACCCCCAUCACCACCGCCACGCUGGACGCCGAAGACCCCGAGGGCCCCCGGGACGGCUUGCUGUUCAACGUGACCGUCCCGCCCCCCCGGGGCUACGUCACCCACCUGGACGAGCGCACCAAGCCCGUGGGCUCCUUCAGCUGGUCCGACCUGCACCACCUGAAGGUGGCGUACCAGCCGCCCAACGUCAGCCGCCCCGCGCGGGACAACUUUCAGAUGGAGUUUCGGGCCGUCGACGCUUCGCACGCCACCAGUCCGCCCAUCGUGGUUGACGUGUCCAUCAGGGCGGCGGAGACCGACGCGCCCCGGGUGUCCUGGAACACGGGUCUGGACCUGCUGGAGGGUCAGUCGCGAGCCAUCACGUGGGCGGAGCUGCAAAUCGUGGACCGCGACAACAUCGACGACGUGGUCCUGGUGGCCGUGGACGGGCCCGCGCAUGGGCGCCUCACCGUCAAAGGCGCCAAGGCCUUUGCCUUUGGCGCGCGCGACCUGCGCUCGGGCCACGUGGCGUACCAGCACUCGGACGACGAGAGCACGCGCGACCACGUGGUGUUCCGCAUCAGCGACGGGCGCCACAGCUCGCGCCACAAGUUCCCCAUCAACAUCCUGCCGCGCGACGACGCGCCGCCCUUCCUGGUCAACAACGUGGCGCUGGAGGUGCCCGAGGGCGGCGCGCUCAGGCUCCGCCCCGCCGACCUCUUGGCCUCCGACCCGGACUCCCCCGACGCCCGCAUCCUCUUCAGGGUGGACGUCCCCCCGAGGGCCGGCCGCCUCGUCUCCAGGGCCGACCCCCGCGACCCCGGCCUUCCGGUCACGUCCUUCCUCCAGCGCGACUUGACUGGCGGUCUGAUCUUCUACCAACACUCGGGGGAGGAAAUCUUCGAGGACUCCUUCGAGGUGACGCUGGCCGACGCCCACGCCCCUCCCAACCUGUCGCAGGCUUACACGGUGGCGGUGGCGGUGUUCCCGGUGGACGACGGCCUUCCGGUGGAAGCGGACGGGAGCGUGCGCCGCCUGACGCUGAAGGAGACCCAAGUGGCCUUCAUCACCCGCGCGCACCUGCACUUCACCCACAGCGAACGCCCGGGGGCCCACCUCACCUACACCAUCACCCGGCCCUGCCACAGCCCCCGACGUCCCGGUUUGAUGGACGCCGGUCGCCUUUUCCUGGUGGACGGCGCGGCCGCCCUGAAGCGGGACCCGACGGCGCCGGCGCUCAAGUCCUUCACGCAGGUGGGUAGGCAAGAAGGUGACGCCGGGUGGCGGGAGAACGCUGACCGAGCGCGCGUUGCGUCGCGCCAGCACGCGGUGGACCACUUGAAGGUGGCGUACAUGCCGCCUCUGGAGGACAUCGGACCCGACCCGCUCGCCGUCCGCUUCGUCUUCUCCGUCAGCGACCGUCGCGGCGGCGCCGUGGCCGACCUGGACUUCAACAUCACCGUCACGCCCGUCGACGACCAGCCGCCCGAGGCUUUCGUCAAUCUCUUGCGCGUGGAGGAAGGCGGCGCGGCCUUUGUGACGGACGAGCACGUGCUGGUGCGCGACCGCGACACCCGCGAGCCGGACCUCAAAGUGGCGCUGGAGCGCCCGGCGCGCCGCGGACGUCUGGAGCUGCGAGGGCGGAGCCUGCGACCCGGAGAUGCUUUCACGCUUGCCGAUCUGAGAGGACUCGCUGUCAGGUACGUCCACGACGACUCGGAGAGCAGCGAGGACGACGUGGGCCUGCGUGUGACGGACGGCGUCAACUCCGUCCUGCUGGACCUGCAGAUUCACGUGUUGGCGGUGAACGACGAGCCCCCGCAGCUGGGCGCGGGCCUGCGCGGCGGGCUGCGUUGCCCCGAGGGCGGGCGCGUCCAGCUGACGGCCGACUACCUGCUGGCCACCGACCGCGACAGCGAGGACGCCCAGCUGAGCUACGCGCUGGCGCGGCGGCCCGCCAGGGGCGAGCUGCAGAGGGCGGGACUCGCCGUGGACAAGUUCUCGCAGGAGGACCUCCUGCGAGGUCUCGUCUUCUACGUGCACACGGGCGGCGAGAUCGGCCCCGCUCCCUCCUCCGACACCGUCACGCUCAUCGUCUCCGACGGCGACGCGGUCGGGCCGGACGGCUGUUGCCCCGGUGACGCCCCGCCCGUCCCGCCGCACAAGACGCUUCCCGCGUAUGACCUGGACGUCACGCUACUUCCUGUCAACAACAAAGUUCCCAGCGUCAUCCUGGGAGGCUCCGCCUUGGCGGUGGACGAGGGUUCGUGGGCGUGUCUGUGCGGGGGCAUCCUGGGGGCCUGGGACGCCGACAGCCCCCCCGCCGAGCUGACCUUUCACCUGGACGCCAAACCUCUGCACGGCUUCCUGGAAAACGUUCAACCGACGCCGGGAUACGAGAAGAGCAACGCGGGCGUGCCCAUAGAGUCGUUCAAGUUGGACGAGGUGGCGUCGGGCUUCAUCAACUACGUCCAAUCGGAGCACGAAGGGGCGGAGCCCACGGAGGACCGACUGCUGAUCAGCGUGAGCGACGGCCUCCACCGCUCGGCCUCGGCGCCCGUCCGCGUCCUCAUCAAUCCCGCCAACGAUGAGAAGCCGUCGCUGCGCCUGGCCGACUUUAGCGUGAAGGAGGGCGGCGCGCGGGAGUUGACCCCGUCCCUCCUGGACGCCUUCGACCUGGACGCCCCCGCGGACGAGCUGACCUUCAGCCUGGCGGGGGCGCCGGCGCACGGCGGCCUGAGGGCCGGCCCCUCCCUCCCCCGAGACCGGACGAGCGCUUCGCCGGCGGCCGUGACGUCCUUCACCCUGCGGCAGCUGCGCCAGGGCCUGCGCGUGUGGUACGCGCACGACGACUCGGAGACGCUGGAGGACCGUCUGAGCCUGCGACUGAGCGACGGCGUCCACUCGCUGAGCGCCAGCGCCGUCGUCAGCGUGCUGCCCGUCGACGACCACCCGCCCCGCCUGCUCAAGAACGCCGGCGCGCAGGCGGAGCCCGGCGAGCGCCGGCUGCUCUCCGCCGUGGUCCUCCAGGCCGAGGAUGCCGACACGCCCCCCCCGAAACUCUUCUACCUGCUCCACGCCGCGCCUCGCUUCGGACGACUGCAGCUGGAGAGCCCGACGGGCCCGACGGCGCUGGCGGCGGGUCACAACUUCACUCAGGACGACGUGGACGCCAACCGGCUGAACUACACGCCUCGCCGGCGCGGCGACGGCGACGACGACGGCGAGUUCCGAGGUCACGACAGUUUCCGCUUCAGCCUCAGCGACCUGGAACACCAAAGCUCCGCCCACACCUUUUCCAUCGCCAUCAGCGGCGCCCGCAAAGGCAACGUCUCCGUGUGGACGGGCGCCGUUCGCGUGGCAUCGGGCCAGCGCGUGCUCCUGAACACGGACUUCCUGCGGGCACAAGACGGCGGCGGCCGCCCGGACCGGCUGGUCUACACGGUGACGGCGGCGCCGCGCCACGGCCUUCUGCACGCCGCGGCGCGGCCCGGCGUGCCGCUGGCCACCUUCACGCAGAUGGACGUGGCCGCCCAGCGCGUCUGCUACACGCACGACAACGGGCAGCUCCACCGCAGCGACGCCUUCAGUUUCGUGGUGAGCAACGGCGAGCGCUCGCAAGCCGGCACGCUGCGUUUGUCCAUCGAGACGGCGGACCGCGUCCCGCCCACGCUGGAGGUCAACGCGGGCGCGCGAGUGCGCCAAGGCGGCACGGUGACCAUCGGCGCCGAGGUCCUGCGGCUGAGCGACGCCGGGACGCCCGCCUCCUCGCUCACCUUCGCGCUGAGCGAGCCGCCGCGCUACGGACGGCUACUGCUGCGGGGCGUCCCGCUCGGCGCCGACGUCUUCACCCAGGCCGACGUGGACGGCCGCCGCCUGGCUUACCGGCACGACGACCCCGCCGGCCGGGGCCUGAACGACAGCUUCCGCUUCCUGCCCGGGGACGGCCGCAACCGGGGCUACUUGAGAGACGGGCGGCUGAGGACCGAGCCGGCCGUCUUCGCCAUACACGUGGAGCGCGUGGACCGCUCGCCUCCCAUCCUGACCACGUUGGGGCGCCCCAGCGAGGUGAUCCGGCUGAGAGACGGCCGGCAAGCCCUCCCGAUCACGUCCGAGCACCUGCGGGCCGCGGACGAUCACAGUCCGCCCGACGGGCUCCAGUUUGCCGUGGUCACGCCGCCGCGCUUUGGCCACCUGGAGAACAUCCGCACCGGAGCCUACGUGCGGGGCCGUUUCACGCAGCGAGACUUGCAGCGCCGCUCGCUGGUCUUCGUGGUGCCCGCUGACGCCGACGUGACCGAAGACAGCUUGGUGUUCCGACUCAGCGACCCGGCGGGGAACGCCGCCCCGCCACAAACGUUGCAUCUGUCCUGGUCCCGAAUCGAGCUGUCGGCCAGCUGCUUCCGGAUCUGCGAGACGGCGGGAAGGCUUCAGGUCCAGAUCCAACGGCGCGGGAAGAGCGCCGACCCGGCGUACGUGGCCAUCCAGGUCCGGGACGGAUCCGCCAAAGCGGCUCGGGACUUCACGCACAGCACAGCCGGACUGAUACAGUUUGACCCAGGAGUCGACCGGAAAACGUGGAGCAUCUACCCGGAAGCCGACGGCCUGGAGGAGAAUGACGAGGACUUCACCGUCACGCUGCAGGACCCCAAGAACGCCGUCUUGGGGAGGAGGACCUCCGCCAGGGUGGAGAUCGUCGACCCCAGAGGAGGACGUUGCGAUUUGAGCAAGGGGGGCCAGGCCGAGGCCCCUCCCCCGUCGGCAGUUGCCACACCUCCUCCGGCAGUCACCGCGCCCCCAACGGCCGUCCCGGAUGCGGAUGCGGAGGCGGAGCGUUUUUUCGGGGAGACCAAACACCCUCCCCGAGGCGACGUCCCGAACCGCCGACCCUUCGCGGGCGAGGACGAUGAGGACGACAGCCCGGCAGAACCGCAAGACCGAGCGCAUCCCGGACACACAGACGAGCGAGUCGCCGGGAAGGCUGGACUCCAGGCAAGUAGAGUCGCUUUGGAACACGUUGGGAAAGUCGGGACGUUCCACAGUCUGUCUUCUCUGCGGUUGGAGGAGGUCGCGGACCCGCAGGCAGAUGGCGCCACCGAGAGGCACGGCCCAGGACACGCCCCGCCCGCGGGAAGCAGGAAGCGGGAGGCCGAGUCACUCCGGAGCAAAACGGGGAGGUCGCCGAGCGGCCGCUGUGAGGUUGGCUGGACUCGCCACGGGGGGCGCUGUUACCUGGCCGGCUCCACCGCCAGCAGCUGGGCGAGCGCCGAGCGCUCCUGCUCCGUCUUGCUGUCCAAUAGCAGCCUGCCGAGCGUGCGGUCCAGACGCCAACUGGGCUGGCUCUGGAGAUUUGGCGGCGAGAAACCCUUUUGGAUCGGCCGGUCCGAGGUGGCGGCGACCCGCCCAGGCCUUCCAAGCGCCUUCCGAGCACCGUGCUUGCUGGCGGAGAGCUCGUCCAGAUGGACGUCCGGUGGCUGCGACGCCGCCGCGCGACACGCCUUCAUCUGCGAGGCGCCGCCAAGCCCUCGCUGAGGCUCCGAGGCUCGCGGCCGCUCCUCCGACGACGGCGACGCUCCGUGGCUUUCUGACUUUUUAACCCUCGUAGUGCACCGCUUACGAUAAAUGUAAAAUGAUGUCUUUAAGGCCUUUGAUUCAAAGAGGGUUCUAAAAUGGCCUAGAUUUCAUGA